AGUUCUGACAUGCGUCCUUAGCAGCUCGCAUUCCUAUCCCUCAUCAAUAUACUCAAGCAAAACAGAACGCAGUGCAGGCUUUACUUUUUUUUUUAAACAUGGCCGACAGGUCGGAACUAAGAAUUAACUCGAAGUUUGCGGAGAAAUAUGACAGGUAUCGACAGAAGGAGGAACUUCAGAGGCUGAAGGACCGGUACGGGGACCGGGACGACGGGAGUGGCUCGGAGUCUUCCGAGUCCAGUUCUGACGACAGCGAAGUGGAGCUUGACCCAGAUAUUGAGAGGGAUUUUUACCGAACACUGUCGCUGUUGAAGAAAAAAGACCCCAAAAUCUACGAGAAAGAUGUCACGUUCUACUCCAAAGACAUGUCUGACAGUGAUGCACAGCCUUCUACUUCGAAGAAAGAUGCAGUUAAGCCAAUGUAUUUGAAGGACUACGAACGUAAAGUCAUCCUGGAAAAGGAAGGUAAAUAUGAAGAUGAGGACUACAGUGACGAGGAGGAAUCUGCCAGGAGAAUGGAGAGAGCUGCCUCCCCGAGCUACAUGCAGGAGCAGGAGGAGCUAAAAGAGAGCUUCCGUAAGUUCAUCGAGGACAGCGACGGCGAGGAAGGCGGAGAGGGAGACGGCGUGUCGCAGCUCCUCACCAGGAGGGUCAAGACGCAGGAGGAGAAGGACGAGGAGGAGGCCGACUACCUGGAGUGGCUGAAGGGCCAGGCCGAGCUGGAGGGCUCGGAGGAGGUCAAAGACCUGAAAUACUUGCGGGACUACUGGAACGACCCCGAGCUGGACGAGCAGGAGCGCUUCCUCAGGGACUACGUGCUGAACAAGGGCUACCUGGACGGAGAGGAGGAGAGCGACCGGAUCCCCACCUACGACGAGCUGGUCCAGGAAGAGGUGGAGGACUCCGAGGAGGAGGGGGAGACUUUCUUGGAGAGGCAGGAGGACUUCGAGAGGAGCUACAACUUCCGCUUCGAGGAGCCCGACGCGCAGCAGAUCAAGACCUACCCGCGCACCAUCGCCACGUCGGUGCGCUCCAAGGACGACCGCCGGAAGCGCAAGAGGGAGGAAGUGAAGGAGAGGAAGCAAAAGGAGAAGGAGCAGAAGCGGGAGCAGCUGAAGCAGCUGAAGAACCUGAAGAGGAGCGAGAUCCUGGAGAAGCUGCACAGGCUGCAGGAGCUGACCGGCAACCAGCAGCUGGCCUUCGGCCAGGCCGACCUGGAGGGAGACUUCGACCCGGCGCAGCACGACCAGCUGAUGCAGAAGUUCUUCGGCGAUGAAUACUAUGAGGAAGAGGAGGCGGAGAAGCCCCAGUUCGACGGCGAAGACGACCUGGGGGAGCACUGGAACUGGGACAGUUGGACCGGCGAGGAGCGCGAGGAGGGCCAUGGCGAGGAGGACUAUGGUGGGGAGUACGACGCCUCGGGAGCCCACUGCGAGGACGAAAACUUCAUUAUGGACGCCGACUACGACCCCAGCCAGCAGCCGGCGUCCAAGAAGAAGAAGAAGAAGGAGCGGAUGAAGAUGAGGAAGGAGGACAUGCCGCUGCUGGGCAAAAGGAGGAGGAAGUCCCACUUCGCGGAGGCCCUCUCCAAGGAGAAGCCCGCCUUCGACCCCCGUAAGUGGCGGCGACCGGGCAGUGACUGGGCGGCGGGUCGGCGCUCGGCCGCGUCUGACCGCCGGCCGUUGGUGUUUUCAGAGGAGAAGACUUUUGAGCAGUACCUGGACGAGUACUACAAGCUGGACUAUGAGGACGUGAUCGACGACCUCCCGUGCAGGUUCCGCUACAGGCAGGUCCUGCCCAACGACUUCGGCCUGACCACGGACGAGAUUCUCACCGCAGAGGACAGGGGGCGGAACCGUUGGUGCUCCCUGAGGAAGACGUGCAUGUUCAGAUCUGAAAAGGAAGAAAUGAGCGACCUGAAGAACUUCAAAGUCAAAUCACAAAAUGAAAAGAAGAAGAAGGAAAUCCUCAGCUCGGUGUACUCUGAGGAAGGGACCGACUCGGCAGAUGCGAAGACCAAGGUGGGUAAGAAGAGGAGGGAUCACCUGAUGAACGCGGAGAAGCAAGACAAAGGAGCAGAGGAGGGCUCUGUACAGGAGCCGCCCGCCCAGGAUCUCCAGGAGGCAGCCGCCAGCGGGGAGGAGGAGCUCCUCAUACCCAAGAGAAAGAAGGCCAAACCGGAGGAAGGACCCAAAGGAGCGGCGGAGGGGAUGGAGGUGGCGGUGGCAGAUAAAGCCGAAGGCGGCGUGGAACGCAGGACUGAAAGGCCCAAAUGGUCCCCGAAGAAGCACAAGCGCCCGGGCGGGCGGCGCCUGUCGGGAGCCCCGGGGGUGAGGAUAGGAGGCCGGGACUUCAGCAGACAGAGACUGAAGGCCUACGGGCUGAACCCCAAGAGACUGUACUUCAGACAGCUGGGCCGCCAGAAACGGAAAGCUCAGGAGAAGAACCUGAAGCAGAAGAGCAAGGAGUGAUGAUGUUUUAUUAUUUUUCCUGUUUAGUUUUUUUUCACUGAGCUGUUAUGCCACCAGUACAUGUGCUGUGUCGUGCCCCAAGAGGUUAAGAUUUAAAUCAUGAUUGCUCACAUUCUUAAAAAAUAAAAAGGGGAAAGAAAAAAAAUCAAAUUGUGAUCAUUUUAAUUUGACCUUUUGAGUAAAAAUUUGUUUUAGUAUUUGAGCGAAAUUAAGGUUUGUUUGGAUGGAUUUUUUGGUUUAUUGGCUCAAACAUUUGUGCUUAACUUUACAUUUCUGACUCAAAUUUCAUCUUAAAUUUUGGUCUUUUUCCUCCUCAUUUAAUCACUUUUACAUGUGUAUUGUAGAAAUGACUGCAAAUUGGUAAACUUUGAUUUAUCCUCUUAGAUUCAGAUGCUUGUGUGAACAGAGAAAAGUGCAGUGUAGUUUGGUGUUCAUUUUAAGUUACAAGUUAAUUUAGAGGAAAAAAGAACAUUGGAUAUUUUUAGAUGUGCUUUAUUAUUAAGGGACAAAGACUUUCUGCCAAAAUGAGGCGCAUUAUCCCCCAUUGAGAAAGCACAAACUUUUCUGUUUUUGCACUUGAACAGAGGUCUCAAGAUCAUAUUCAUUUUCAAAGAAUAGAAGAAGAAAAAAUUGAAACUCAAAUAAAAUACGGUUCAACCAAAUCUAAAGCUUGAUAUUGUCCAGGUAAAGAAAAAAAAUAGUG